UUAAGGAAAAGCUUUAAAAAAAAAAAAACCGUGUAAGGUCACCGUGUAAAUCUUCAUAAAACAAACAUUUUGAUUGGAGAAAACCGUGGGUAAAGUGACUGUUUCUCCACUUUUUUUUUUUUUUUGGAAAAAAAAAAUAAAUUUUGCCGAAAAAAUUGUGUACCUUAUUUCCCAUAAUGUAUAAAAAGACAUGUUUUUUACGAUUGGGGGCAUUUAGGACUUUUUUUCUCUUUUCCAUAGAUAUUUUCAACAAAUGUUUGCUUUAAGAAAUUUGGCAAAGAAAAAUGUUAUUCAACCAGCUAGUCGGUUCAUGAAUUAUCGAUCAGUAAUGAUUAAAGGUGGUCGUACUGUUGUACCACAAUCAUCUUUGUUGAAUCGAUUCCUUUCUACUACUGCUGCCGAACAGGAGGAAGUCAAUGAUACAUCCUCUAAUAAAGAUCAUCAUGCUGUUGUUUCUACUUUCGAUCUCUUCUCAAUUGGUGUUGGUCCCUCCUCAUCUCAUACUGUCGGCCCCAUGAGAGCUGCAAAGAUUUUUAUUACGGAUUUAAGAGAACACAAGGUCUUGGACAAAGUAGCAUCUCUCCGAGUAGAUUUGUUUGGAUCCCUCGCUUUGACAGGUGUUGGUCACGGUACCCCGGAAGCAAUCUUGAUGGGUGUGGAAGGUGAAAGUCCUGAUAAGGUAGAAACAUCCACCAUUCGUUCUCGUGUGAGUGACAUUGAAACAAACAAAUCCAUUCGUUUGGAUGGAACACAUCGUAUCACUUUUGAUUAUGAAAAGGACAUGGUUUUCAAUUUUUUCAAGACAUUACCCCAACAUCCCAACGGUCUUCGAUUCUGUGCUUAUGAUAAGGAUGCCAACUUGGUUGCUACUAAUGAAUAUUUCAGUAUCGGUGGUGGCUUUGUUGUGAAUGCUGAAACUCAAUUGGAUCACGGUGAAAACGUCUAUUACAAGCAAAUUAACAAAAAAGACGCUGUGGUGGCUGAACGUCGUGAACAAGAUGUGGCCGUUGUUUCUUUGCCUUUCCGUAACUCGGAAGAACUCUUGGCUGUCUGUAAGCGUGAAAACAUGACAAUCGCUCAAGUGGUCUUUGAAAACGAAUUAAAGUGGAGUACUCCCGAAGCUAUUCGAGAAAAACUACUUAGAAUUUGGAACACCAUGGAUGAUAGUAUUCGUAACGGUGUCAUGGCUUCUCCCGAUGAAUAUUUACCCGGUUCACUUCGUGUACGUCGUCGUGCUCCCCGUUUAUAUAGUAAGCUCUUAAAGGGUUUGUAUGGUGGUCCCUUAGUCUCUACAGGUGGAACUUAUAAUGCUUCCCAUAUAUCCGCUGGCAAAGAAGAGGAACACCAAUCAGUCUCUCGUGUCGAUCCCGCUAAUACCCAGUACCCUCUCGCUCUUUCUUUCUUGCCUAAAAAAUCCAAAAAGAAGUUUGUUUUGCCUGCCCUUGAUUAUCUUUCUGUAUAUGCUAUCGCUGUUAAUGAAGAAAAUGCUUGUGGUGGUCGUGUUGUCACUGCUCCCACAAACGGUGCUGCUGGUACAAUUCCAUCUGUUCUUAAAUAUUAUUUAGAAUUCAUUUCCGACAACCCAGAAAGAGAUGUCAUGGAAUUUUUGUUAACUACUUCCGCCAUUGGUAUGUUGUUCAAGCGUGGUGCUAGUAUUUCUGCUGCAGAGAUGGGAUGUCAAGGUGAGGUUGGUGUUGCUUGCUCCAUGGCUGCUGCUGGCUUUACUGCCGUUAUGGGUGGUUCUGUGGAUCAAGUAGAAAAUGCUGCUGAGAUUGGUAUGGAACAUAACUUGGGCUUAACUUGUGAUCCUAUCGGUGGUCUUGUUCAAGUUCCCUGUAUCGAACGUAAUGCUUUGGCUGCUGUGAAAGCCAUUGCUGCUGCCCAAUUGGCAUUAAAUGGUGAAGGUGAUCAUCGUGUCUCUCUUGAUCAGGUCAUUGAAACCAUGCGUCAAACUGGUGUCGAUAUGAUGUCCAAGUAUAAGGAAACCAGUCAAGGUGGUUUAGCUGUAAAUGUUCCCUUGUGUUAAACAAUAGAAAACUCCCCUCCCCUCCACACAUUCGCAUUUCAUUUCAAUCAUAUUUUUUUCUUUUUUUUUUUCACAUUUUUAAAUACUUCUUCAUAAACUUCUCUUACACAAUGAAAA